AUGGUGUUUUUCCUUCCGCGGACAAACCGUCGACCAUAUGGCUAUAUCCAAUCCGGGGAGCAAACCACGACACUACGGGCACGUCUGGGCCACGUCUGCCUAUCGCUUCCUAUAUCACGCCCUGCUUUUCUUAUCCUCGCCACUUUCACGCUUUCCCUCACCACCGUUGUGCUCACCUUCCGCAAUUACUCGAGCUGGGACACACCUCUACCGCUAUAUGUCGUUUCAGGGCCCCAUGGCACCGUAUACGAUCCUUUUGUCCGCCCCUCAGCAGCAGACGCGAUCGCCAACACCACCGUUCGGCCGAUUCAAGCACAUUCACGAAUACCCGACGUGUGCUUAGAGGAAUGGAUUGCGUAUGGGAGAUGGCGAAACUGGUGUGUCCGCGUGCCUCUAGAAGAGUCGCACAUAGACCUCGUCUCCAUCUGGGUCAAUGGCUCCGACCAUUAUCACUCACAGUCUCGCGACGACCUCCUUGCAGCACUCGACUACCAGAACCAGACAAAGAGUGCGCGGUUCAGACAGCACGACGAACUGCGCUAUUCUUUACGAUCUGCCUUCAAGAACACGAAGAGCUGGGCACAAAGUGUUUGGCAUGUCAUAACUGCGGAUGUUCCUGACCCAGCCGCGGAGUCGACAGCACAGAGGUUGGGUUUGGUUCCCCAAUGGAUGGACCUGGAAACAUCUUGGACGGGAGGGCUCAAUGGCGAGCCGCCAGUCUAUCUUUACCACGGCAUCCAGAUAUUUAGGAUGACAACCGAGCCGGGACGGACACCUAGUCUUGAUGAGGUAGAUGAAUGGCGGAGUAAGGUGCUUCCAACCUUCAAUAGUAUGGCCGUUGAGUCGCAGUUACCCCACAUGGAUCCAGACAUUACGUCGGAAAACAUUGUUUACCUCAAUGACGACCAGUUUCUGGUGCUUCCGCUCCCGCCCUCGGCAUUCCACACGCCUCUUUACGGCCCCGUCUUCCGAUUUGUACCCGGCUUCAUGAUUGAUGGCGAUCCGCAUGCGGGCAAAGUAGAUGGAGGCGGAGAAUGGCGGUCAUUAGGCUUUACAACACUUAUUCUAGACCAGCGAUUUGGCGUCCGGCAACGCGCCUAUGUUGAGCACAAUGCUCGGGCUUUGUCGCUUCCCUUGAUGCACGAAGCCGCGCUGGCGUUUGGCAAGAAUUUCGCAGAUACAGCGCGCAGUCAGUUCCGCGGGUCACAUACCACGCCUGGCGAGUACGAGGUCAACACGGUAUAUGCAGCGACACACUAUGUCGUAGAGAGGCAUCGGGAGGCGUUGUUGUGGUCAUGGGUAGUUGGAAAGUGGGGCGGGGAGGAGGGCGUUUUGGAUGCGCGGUUGAAGGACUUCAUGUGGUCAGAACUGGGGGGAAAUGAAGAGGAUGAGUUGAACAGAAAUGCUUCUGUUCGAACGACCAACGGCGAUGUCAGGCUUAAUAUGCGUGCUACUGGGUUGCAGCAGCCGCAAUCGGAGCACCCUGAAAAACGAGCCAAUACCACUUACAUCUUCGUAUCGAUGGACGGCUUUGCAUCGAAUUACGCUUCUCGGCCAGCAGAGUUUGCUAUGCAGCGCAGUGACUGCAUUGGUCAGAUUGAAGAGCGGGCUUGGGAUGUUUUCAGAAGACUUGCAGCCGAGAAGACACAUUGUGGUGAUGCAGUCAUCCAAGCGCUGACCGACCGUUCUCCUCGCGGGCUCGAUAUCUUCCUACCACCUCGCACGUCCAUGGCACCCGUCUCCCUUCCCGCAAUUCUGCCGCUUGUUAUUCCCCAUGAUCCACCGCCACUGCCCACAAACCCGCGCAUCUUUGCUGUGCGCCUCAUCCAUCGCUACUCCUAUGCCAUCGGUACACUUUCGACGCAGUUCUUUGGCGUCGAGUCCGCCGAGCAAGCGCGGCUAUAUUUCAGCUGGUUGCCCCGUGACCUAGCGCUGCUUUGUGUGAACGACGACCUGGCCGACGACGUCGAGAACAUCACACAGGGAGAUGCGGCCCUAAGCGAGUUCUUUGAAGGGCGGUGGCCGGUGCCGCUGGAUUAUGAACGGAAGCUGGAGGAGGAAAAGUAA